CCUCUUAUCGUCACUGAUCUCUAAGAGACUCUAUACCAAAGGAAAGAAGCUAAUUCGCCUAGUCGUCAUCAUGGAGAAAGUUCCUUCCACCCCCGUUCCUGUUUACGAACAACAGCCCCAAUAUUUCCCACCCCAGCCAGUCGCGCCUCCUGAUGCACACGUCCACUCUCCUGUCAAAGAUCCCAGCCAGAUGGUGCCCCAACAGCAAUAUGUGCAGCCGAUGGGCGGUCAUCCAAGCGGAUACAACGCCGCAACUCCACUGCACGCUUUACAACGUGGCCCUACUCCAGUCGACUGCCCAAUCUGCGGAGUGCGCGAGAUGACAAGGACCGAGGCGGAGUCCGGAAACACAACACAUGGGUGGGCUGCACUUAUUUGCUGCUGUUUCUGUCUGGGAUGUAUCCCGUACCUCAUGUCAUCACUCAAGGACUACAACCAUUACUGUGGGAAGUGUGGUACUAUGCUGGCUACAUGGCACAACAGUGGAAGAGUUGAGGUGCAUCAGAAUGUGAGGCAAUAAGUGGCCUCCGAGUGAUUUUCUUUUUCAUUGUUUGCCGAUUUCUUGUCUACGGUCGGAGUUUGGGGAUUCCCAUGGUUGAUACCAAAUUUUAUUCAUGAGAGGUGCUACGUUAUCAAUAAUUAAUUACUGGAUGCAACUUAUCACGGAAAUGAAGGUCAACGGUGACAAGGGGUGUAUAAAAUAACAAAGGGUGGCUAUAAAUAAUGGCACUAAUCCGAG